AUGCCGCAAUGUGCCAUUAGCUCGUUAGCAUUUGCUUCCGGAGCAAUUGCAACGGCUGCAGGUGUUGGAUAUGUUUUCGGUCGUCCAGCCAAGACAAGAAAUUCUUCACGAUUAUCAGUUCAUUCAAUGUCCACUAUCUCAAUUUCAUCAAAAAGUCCAUUUAAAAGAUUUAAAUUAUUUCUUUCAAAACAUAAACAUCUUUCUCCUACAAAAAAUAUUUUACAAUCAACUACAAUACAUCCUUUAAUGGUUCACCUUGAUAAUCUUGUAGAUGAUGAUAUUUCAUCUACUUAUUCUGAUGUUACAAGUGUAUAUACUAUGGAUCGUAAAAUAAGUUCUACUCCAAAUAUACCUGGUGUUUUAGCUCAAGCUUUUGAUAGUUCUUCUGCAGUUGCUUCAUUCAAUCCUAGAGCAAGGUCUUCAUUACCUUCUUUACCAAUUUCUAUAACUCCUCCUCCAAAAUUUCGUCAUAAUCGUUCAAAUUCUUUACCUCCAACUGCUUUUUCAAGAAGUUUUUAUCGACAACCUACUCCAAGUGAAAGUUGGGAUGAUGAUUUUGACUUGGAUGAUGAAAUAAAUGUUCCUAAUUCUGUUGAACAAGCUCAAUUCUCUUUAAGAAUGGAUAUUACCAAUAUUCGAGAUUUCGUUUCUCAAAUUGAAGAAUUAAAAGUAUUACGUAACAAAAAACAAUUCCUUGCUUCAACAAUUCAAUCAAAGAUUACUAGGAAAUGGUCAAAUGGUUUUACUAAAUCAAAAAAAAAGAGUAAAAAAUAUAAAGAUUUAGAAUCUCGUUUUAAACAAGAUUGGGAAGAAGUUGCUGUGAUAAUUGAUCUUUCUGAUGUGGCAAAAGAUAGGCAACCAACUUUUGAUGGUGGAAAAAGAGUUGCCGUUGAUAUUGAAAAAAUCCCUUCCGAACGACAUAUGCAAUCAAGACGAAAAGAAAAUUUUAGAAUAAGUGUUGAAGUAAUGCCAAGUUUGAUUGAUCAUUUAAAAAAAUUACAGGACAGAUUAUCUGAACAUGUAGAUAAAUUAGGUGCUUUGGCAACUGUUGAGAGAAACCUCUAA